UCCAAAAAUUACAUCACUACGACGUCACAAUCACGUCAUAGAGCUUGUUAAAUAUACGUAAUAUCGCCCGAAAUGGUAUCGGCGCCGACGAUAAAGAACGUACUAACGUCAGCGACUCUCUUAUAUUGGAAUCGUCGCGACGUAAAAACGAGAGAAAUAGCCGGUCGAUUUCGGGUGCGCAGACGUGCGCGUCUUGGAUGACAGUUCGUAUAGUUUGAAGGUCUCUAUUACGUCACUGUGACGUCGUAGAGACGUAAUAUUUGGAUGGCGUAGUCCGGUGGGGGUUAGGAUUGACACAUGAAAAAAUUGUUGCGCUAUGCCCGCUAGAAGUAUGUUAGGCAGGAAACUACAUGAGACCCGGCCUUGCUUAGUUGUAUUUGCGUUGUGUACGCUACCGGUACCGUAUAUCAGAUAUGGUCUCUAUAUUGUCAGAGCCACCAAGUUUUUAUGUAAUAACGUUUAUAAAGUUAGUAAAAUAGGGGCCUGGUACCGGUAUAGUUUAGUACCACAUCCACUUCACCAAGGUUACUCUAGCCCACAAUUUGCCAUUACACCGUUACGGUAUGUGAACAAACCUGCGGUGGGGAAGAGUCCAGCAAUCCUCCAGCACAUAACCAUCUCCGCAUGGAAUUCGAAGCUGCGAACCCACACAGAGUAAUUAGAGGUGCAGUGGCGAGCGUAUUCCUAAUGCUUAGCACGAUGAGCCACAUCGCAUAGGUAAUAAAGGAUAACCUAGUAUUUUAAUACCUGAGUACAGUCUAUAGACAAAUACUUUGGGUCGGUAACUAGAGUCAGAACUAAGUUAAUUUAAUCACUGGCCAUCAUUGGCAAAUGCACAGGAUUACAAAUUUUUAAGUGAAAACGUUCUAAAUCCAAACCGCAAGAAGCAAUGCCCGAAAUGAGUUUUCGAGUUUUAAUGUUCGUUGUUUACUUUUUAUCUUUGUUUGUUUAUUAAAAAAAACAGUAGCUAACCACCUAAAUGUUAUUAUUGGGAUUUCGGCACAGGCACCAUGACUUUUAAUUGUUUUAUCACCACGUUCGCUCAUCAAAAUUUAUUUACAAUUUUACAAGUAAACUUUGUCUGUGAAUUUCACUUUCUCGUGUUCAUGUACAUGCUGUUUAUUAAUUAUUUUUCAGUAUAACUGUAUGACUGCUGGGAUGUGUUUUCCACUUGUGUGAGUGUCGGUAAAUCUGCACAAGCGCUAUAAACCUUUCUCUAGGUUUUGCCCAUUUCUCGAUCUUUUCGUCGCCCUUGUCUGUGUUUUUAAUUUAUUUUUAUUUGUGCUCAGUGUUGUAGAUGAAAUAUUGAAAUAAAAUUGUAUUGUAUACCUGAAUAGACCACUGUAAUAGUUUGUGAUGAAUUUUAAAUCAUGGAGCAUAAAGAGCAGCAGGACGUCGAAUUGGCAUCAACGGUGACUGCUUUAUUGUCUAAAGGUUCUAACACUCUAAAAAAUAACAGUGAAAGGCGUGGAACUAAAUCUAAGAAAUCUCAAUAUGUUGGUUCAUAUGGAGAUAAAGACUUCUAUUCGUCAUCUAAGCUUUUAACUAAAUAUAUCAGAGAUUAUGACAAAAAUCAAGUGUGGGAUCUUGCUAAAGAUUUAACAAAUGCAGCGAAGUCACUUUCUCAUAACGGGGACAAAGAAAAUGAAGCGAAUAAAGAAAUUAAUCUCGCCAAAAAGCUUCUUGGUAAUACAAGAUCCAGUGAGUGUGAUGAUAUUAAGAGUAUGACAACAGAUGAUCUUCUUGCAUCCAAUCCAUACAUCCCCCUUAGUGAAAUCGAUUUGAAUAGUGUAAAACCUGAAAGAGAGAAGACUCGGUCUUUGAAAGUUUAUUCUAGAAUGCCGAAGCACUAUACUCCUCGUUCAAGCACACAAGAAACAGCUUCAAUGGAACACCGAAGUUCCUUGCAUUUUUCUCACAUCGCAUCUAAUCGAAGCAAUACUACUCCAACAACCUCUGAUACAUUAGAAAGUACAAUUCAUGAUGAAUCUGAAUUGAAUUUAUUCAGUUUGAAUGGCACCUCAUAUACUCCGCAUCGAGUUAAAUAUGGCCCAUUAGUAAAAGAAUUCAAACAGGUACCACAAUCAACAGGAAAUGGAUGUAGUUUUUAUAAAGAUCGAGGUGACCAUGUUUGCCAGUCUCCAACACCUACUAAUUUAUUAAUUGAUGAAAGACCUACGAUUGAUUACCCAUAUGCAGUUGAUGCUGGCCGAACACCUUUUCGUACAAGAACGCUUCCAAUUCAUAUCAAUGACUCUAGUUUGGACAAUAGUAGAGAGACACUCUUUAAUAGUGAUAUGUCAUUUGAGGAAACCCUAACAAGCAAGACUUUAGCGAAGAGUCUAGGCUCUUCGAGUCAUAUUUCAGUUCCCUUUCAUAUAGAAGAUAAAUCAUCAGAUAUUAGAGGAUUCAUAGAAGAUUGUUUAGCAGAUGAUAUUACUACAAACCUUAGUACAAAACCUUCUGGUUCUGUCGAAACAUUAAAAAAUAUGAUUUUCACAUUACAGAGUAUUUCUUCUAAUGAUACCUCAAACGACCCCAAUGAGAAUGCUUUUAUAAAUGAUGGUGACAUAGUCAUGGAUGGACAUAGGUCCCUCAGACAAGCUAUGUCACAUUUGUCAAAUUUGAAAGAUUUAACUCGAAGUGGUAACAGUUCAUAGGUAGUUUUUGAGGCCUAUUGCAUUCAAUAAAUGAGAACACUAUUAUUUUCGAAGUCAAAAUUAUUGCUGUCAAACUUAGGCAAAAAUAUUGGUAUAUUUAUUUUUAGCUUCAUUUAGAUUUUAGAACACUGUACUUUAUCAUGUUCGAUUACGUUCGAAUUUAUAUUAUUCCUUAGUAAUUUUGUUACCUCAUGAAUAAAUACUUUUACAAAUCAUCUUAUAUAUUUGCUUUGGGUAUUAUUCAGUGGCGUAAAUCUUCGGAAAUGUUCAUGAAAAAUUGUUAUUACUUCUGUGACUCAAUUUCGGUGUAGACGUUUGAAAUGUUGUAUAACUAUAUCGUUUGCUACCUACUAGUUUACACAUGUAUUACUGUGAAUAAUCCCGGAAGCUACCAUUGCUAUUCUGUGAUUCUUUUGGGACAAAAAUGAUAUAAUGUUCUAUGAUAAGUUCGCUACUCAGCCACCUAUAUCUAUGGAUAUGAAUGUUUCGGACGGAUAUGAAAUGUUAUUUUAUAUUUCUUCCUUGCAACAAUCAUGAUUCUGCAUCUGUAAUGUGUCAUAUGUAAGGCAAUAAAUUUCAUUUUCUAGCUAUCUAUAAUUUCUUUUCAAAUAUAAAUUAAACCAAAGUCGGUCAUGUGAGGAAUGACGAAUGACCCUAUCCAAAUUGUAGAUGAUCAUGAAUUUGAAUCAUCAUGAACUUCACCUUAAGUGACAAUUUUGAUUUAAUAUAAUGCUUGUUUCCGUAGUAUAGUCGUCAUCAUCAAAAUUUGGAAUCAUUUAUAUUGUUUAUUUUGUAGUGAAUUGUCAUUAUUACUUAUUGAUUUUAAUCGGUAAGUAUGUUGAUAGGUAUUUGUCUGUCUGUUAGAUGCACGCGAUAUCUCAUGAAAGCGAGAUUGAA